AUGUCUUCUCCUAACCCCUGGGGCGGCAAGAAGAACGGGAAGGACAACAAGAAGCAAAACCAGACUCCCGAGCAGAAGGUCGACGACCAGAAGCCUGGUGACCAAAAGCCUGAAGACCAAAACCUUGGCGACCAAAAGCCUGAAGACCAAAACCUCGGCGACCAAAAGCCUGGUGAUCAAAAGCCUGAAGAUCAAAAGCCUGAGGGCCAGAAGCCCGAGGACCAGAAGCCCGCAGAUCCGCAGGCUGGAGGCAGCGAGCCCACAGAGGGACAAGCCGACGGAAAGCCCGAAGAUGCUCAAGUAGAAGACAAGCCAGAAGAGAAGCCUGAGGCCAAGGACGCGCAACAGGAAAAGCCCGAGGCAAAGGCCGGCAAGUCAAAGAAAGACAAGGGCAAGAAGCCAGAGGAGCAGCCCAAAGAGCAGCCCAAGGAGGAGCCCAAGGCAAAGGAAGAGCCAAAGGCAAAGGAAGAGCCAAAGAAAAACGCCAAGGACAACAAGAAGAAGGCAGCAGUCCGGCAGGAAGAGGAGGACGAGGACGAUUACAGCGAUGACGAUUACGACGAUGAUGAAGUCUACGACGACGACUAUGCCGACGAGCAGUACGACGACGACGAGCCAGCAGAGGAGGAUGAAGAGCUCGAGCCCGAGUACGACGAGGAGGAGGAGGAAGACCAAGACUCAGCCCCCUCCAUGUCGCAGCCCGCCACUCCCGACGAGAAGGAGCAGCCGUGGCGCCCCGAGCAGCAGCGGAAGCAAAAGUCGAGCGACCAGAAGAAGCAGCUCGAGAAGCGCAAGAAGAAGAGCAGCGGCGGCGGCUCCUCGCGCCAGCAGUACAGCCGCGAGGAGAUGGAGGCCGAGAUGCGCCAGCAGCAACAACAGUGGAUGAUGCAGCAGCAGAUGCAGCAGCAGCAGAUGCAGAAGAAGGACGACGGCGGCGGCAAGAACCCGCUAAAGCUCCACCUGGAGCUGAACCUCGAGGUCGAGAUCGAGCUCAAGGCCCGUAUCCACGGUGACCUGACGCUUGCCCUACUUGAUGGCAUGUAA